AUGCGUUACCAUUUUAUAGCAACUUUCUCUCACUAUCAUGUAGUCUCUCGUCGUGGGUAUAAUCAAACCCAAGAUGCUCAUGAAAAUGCAUGGUAUCCAUGGAAAAAUCGCCUAUCAUGUACGCUUGAUAUCAUGUCAAAUUUUCCUCGAGGUGUCUUCUCCCAAGACGAGCUCGAGGUGAUAUUAUGGCAAUUAAAACAACAUGGUGUUCAUGCAGUGCCAUCUAUUCAUCAGAUAAAGAGUGUUGGGCAUGCCAUAGACGGUCUGUGUGGAGUCAAGAUCAAUUGCUACGUCGGCUGUCUGGGUCACACAUACUAUAUGAUUUUGCUACAGUUCAUUGUGAAGAUGGCCUUCGCGAACCCCCUUGUGCGGUCAGUCCUUGAGGUUUACCCUGAAGAUAGCGGCCCAAGACUCGAGGAAAUCCGUCAAGCACGCUGCUGGUUAGAAGAGCAUGAUGCUCGACUGCUUACACCAAUGUACCGUGUUGAGGGCUGUAUAACGCGAGAUUUCUACACAGAUGAACCAACACUCCUUAAGAAUGGUAUGCUAUGCAUGCCGUUCAGGUUCUUCAAAAAUAAUGGUCAAGUUUGGUUUCGUGCAUGGCCACUCAUUCCAUGGCAUUCUCCUGAUGUGGGACUUAGCUGGCUCAUUGAUCAACGUGACGAACUAUCUCUCCCAACUGACGAUUUAUCAAUGACAUUUCCGGAGCUUCAGUAUGUACCUCUUGGACAUGGUCGACCAACACUUCAGUCGACAUUUUAUUUUUGCGAUCCCACUGGCUAUAUUACACCAUGGGCAGAACCACUGACGAACCCAUGGCGACUGAAAGCCAAUGGCCAUCGUGUUGUUGCAUAUCCUGUACUACUCUACUGUGACGACACUUCAGGUAACCGAUCCAAAAAAUGGAAUGAACACAACACAUUCCUUAUGAAUGCUGCUGGACUUCCACGAGAGCACAUGCAGCGGGAGUACAAUCUUAGCUUUAUAUGUACAUCAAAUAUAGCACCUCCACUGGAAAUGCUUGAAGGCAUUGUUGAGCAAAUCGAAUCAUGUCAAGAAACAGGUAUUUGGGCCUAUGACUGCCGCUACCAUGACAUCAUACUUGUAAUCAUCUCGGUCCUUGCAUUGCUCGGUGACAAUCCGAUGCAAAGUGAAUUUGCUUGCCACGGGGGUCUAAUGUCGAAGUUUUUUUGCCAUUGUUGCUGGGUAAAAGGGAAAGAUGUCGCUGACAUGCUCGAGGUCGGUGGUGUUAAGAGGGAGACUGUUCAGGGAAUGGUCAGUCGUAUUAAGAGGUUUAUGAAGGUUGGUGCUGCACGAACCACAGCAGAAACUCAGAGUGUCUCACAUCGGAUGCUUGAAAAUGCAUCAACUCUUGCACGCCAAAAAGAAAAUGUAGAUCUCCGGACAUCUACUGGUGUGAAGGACACAAUACUCCGCUUUUUCCUCGACAAAUUAGAGAAGGCAAGGAAGUCACUCAGUGGGGAUGCAGCACGACAGGCAACUCGAGAGGCUUAUACAAGGUUACCAGCCAAUACCUUUAGCCCAGUGUGGCGAAUUAGAGGUCUUAAUCCACAUUCUGAUACGCCAAUCGAAAUUUUACAUGUGGUCCUCCUGGGUUUUCUCAAGUACUUCUGGCGAGAUGCAGUUGAAUGCCUCUCUGCUGUCCAAAAAGCUACCACUGAAGCUCGUUUGUCAAGUCUUGACAUUUCUGGCCUUGGGCCCGAUGUAGCAAAACCUCGUGGUCAUACACUUGUUCAUUAUGCUGGGUCACUUGUUGGCCGUGAUUUUCGUUUGAUCAGUCAAGUGGCUGUUUUCGUACUGUAUGAUAUGCUUGAAACCAAGAUCCUUGAUGCAUGGGCUGCACUAUGUGUCCUUGUCCCACUUCUUUGGAUGCCGAAAAUUGAGAAUCUUGAUGAUUAUAUGGCUGAACUCAAUGUGGCGAUCAAAAGAUUCAUGGACUGUACUGCUCGCUGGACACCACGAUGGUUCAACAAGCCGAAAUUUCACCUCAUCUUGCACAUUGUUGACCACAUACGGAGAUUCGGCCCUGCGAUCACAUUUGCCACGGAAGUCCACGAGUCAUACAACAGUAUUGUUCGUGGCUGGUCCAUUAAUUCAAAUCGGAUGGCACCUUCACGUGAUAUUGCACGACGUGCUGCUGGUUUACUCCGCUUGCAGCACCUACUCAGUGGUGGAUACUUCAAGGUCGAGUCAGACAAAUCAGAUGGCACAACACAAACAGAAUGGAUUCAAGCAGGAGCGAAUCCUCGAACCUAUGGUGAACAGCCAUCAAUCAUCACUCGGUUUGCAAAAAGAGCAAAAAUGCGCCCUCUCAUUUGGAACCAGACUUUGUCAUCGACAUACUGUGUUUCCCCAGGUAUCACAGAUCACACAAUAUUAACACAGUGUCGGGAAGUCAUUGUUUGCAAUGGUGAUCCUGUUGCACUUGAUUCGUUCACGGUAUUCCAUGUCCGAGAUCACUUCUUAAUUGGGAGGGUGGCUGAAAUUUUGACGAGGGGACAGGAUUUCGAGGGGAAAGCAGACUGGAUUUUACUUCAAUGCUAUAAUACUGGUCCCCUUGUCCAGCCAUACUGGAUGCCUUCGCUCUCAAAAACUGAGAGAUAUCACUUGGUCACUCCUGAGCAAAUUGACUGUACUGUCAAUGUACAACACAAUUGUGCAGCCAAUCGCUGCAACCUCUCUUCAUCACGACCAGUGUUUCUCGAACGGGAGCAUCAAGUGGAGGGCACACAGGCAGUUAGACAUAAUGAUGAUCGCACAGAGGAUCUGAUCCUGAACAUGGCAAAGAUGCGAGAUGCAAAAUUCAUCUCGAAAUUUAGAGAAGCUGCCCCCCCACUUGAUACUGACUCACUUAUCAACAUUAUUUGCGAAUCUGAACUAGCAGCAGGUGUACAUUAG